CGCGCCGCCUCGGAAACUAGCGGGCGAGCCUGAUGACCUGCGAAUCAGGAGCCAUGUCCGGGAUCCCACCUCAACAGUAGCGGGAUGUGAACCAGUCGGGCAAGCGGCGCGGCAUAGCGGCUCAGUGAUGCCACUCCCUGCGUCCGAAGAGCGUGCUUCGAGUACGACCGCCAGAUCCUCGCCGGUAUCGACCAUGCCACAUCUCCGCUUCGGUGUUCCGGUCACCGUCGCCGCCUUCUGCGCCUUCUUCGCCCUCGCCCGAGCUGCUCCCACCCCUGCUCCAAACGAGCCUCACACCGCGGCUGACCCCGUGGUUUCCACCUCCAGCACCACCGAUGAUGUCCUUUACGACCAAAGGCAGAACGGGACGGAAAACGUAAGAAUCCAUAUGAACGACGUCACAGUGGUGGUGGCACCCUCAGAUGGCCUGCUUCAACUCCUCUCAGCCGGUAGCUCCUCUGAUCUGCUGAAUUUUGGCGCCAGCCUAAGCACCAACAGCCACCAACUGACCACUUCCGAAUUCUCAACGAACAUCGCCGGAGCGGGCGAAGGGAAACCAGGAUUUGACUGUGACGCUGUGGGUAAAUGCAGGCAUGCGCAACAACCUGCACCUGGCAAGAGGAACCGAUUCCGCCUUUCGAAUAUCCUGAUGCCCCUGUUCAACAGAGCCCAGCAUAUCAGCAAUUAAGGACUCAGGAAGUGUAUCCCUCUUGUACCAAGCGGGUACUGUUGACCUUUCAAACCGAAGUGUGGACCUCAGCUCUUUCACAAUGUGCCAAUGUUUUCUUAAUUUUCAAUCUUAUGGAGAUUAGAAGUUGAAAACAUAUACUAACCGUAGAUAAUCGAUUGCGAAUCAGUAAAUCCAAAAAAAUUAGGAGGUAACUGUGUCUCAGAGAUACCGAGAUAGUUAUAAAAUGCAUUUUUAAAAACUGGAUCAUCGAAAGUAUAGUCAAAUGGAGGCGUUAAACGGCAGAUUUAUGAUAUCAAGAAAAAUACGAUCAAAUACCUAAGCUGAAUAAUUACAUAGUAACUGAAUUUUGAUGCAGAUCUGUGGUGCAAAACAUAGCCUCAUACCUGAAAAGUUUUACUCUCAAUAACGAUACACUUAAUUUUUUCAAAUAAUGCCAUACUUAGGUAGGUAAGUCUUUUAUUCAUAGCCCUGAGCGAGCACCCCCCCCCCUCCCCCUUUAAGGAGAAUUCAUCCAAGACAUUCUUAUGAAAAAUGCACCUACCUAACAAUUAAAAUUAUUUUACUAGGUGCCCCCGGUAGAUCCUGAUUAUUUUGUAACGCAGCAAUGAAAACUCUGCUCUGAGGUAUGAGGAAAAAGGAGGUACGGACUAGAGGCCUCAAUGUUGUAUCGUUCACCGCAAAGAGCAUCAAAACAUUUUGUUCGGCAGCAUUGUAACGUUUAAGGAAAAAAAAAAAAAAAACUUGGGGAGUUCAAGGAGAACGCUCUUUAAGAUUUCCAGCGCUGUUGCUAGUGCCAGUCGGAAGAUAGACUCACUUUCAACGCUCAAAGCAAUGAAAGUUAUGGUUUGAGACUUUGAUCCAAUGUCUACAAGAGUAGGUAUUUGGAAAAAUUCACCAUCGGAAACUGAAAGAUUGAUAUUUUCAGCCAGACGGUGUUUUUUCGAUACUUACACUAAAUUUUCUAACUUCAGGCAAGUUAUUUUCUGCGGCGUUAAAAUGUGAAGAAAUUCCUGGGUAUUGUGGUUCGCAAAAGCAUACCUAUCAUCAUUCCUGUGCUACGUAAAAAGUGCAUAGCGACGGUGAAACUAGACCACGUAUCGCUCAGUUUGCAACGUUGCUAUUAUGUUUCAUAAAUGAAUAAACUCAUUUGCAAUUACA